GCAAUAUGUUCCAAGUUUUCGUUUUAACCCUCUUGGCUUGCCUGCAUUUAUCCACCAGCGAUGAAGUAUUGUUGGAAACCCCAUUGGGCAGCAUCAAAGGCAAAACCCGGACAACCAUCGACAACAUAGUGCUAUAUUCCUUCCAAGGAAUACCUUACGCUGAACCAAUGGUAAACGAAUCCAGAUUUCAAGAUCCUAAACCAAAACAGCCUUGGCAGGGGGUAUUGGACGCCACAGCGGAAAGAAGCUACUGCAGGCAGAUAACCUACGAUUACUUAGAUGGCGACGAGGAUUGUUUAUUCCUCAACAUCUACUCUCCCAAGGACCCCAAAACGCACCCCUAUCUCCCGGUGAUGGUGUUCAUCCAUGGAGGCGCUUUCAACGAAGGCUCCUCCGUAGAAGUCAACUACGGACCGGAUCAUAUAGUCAAAUACGGCGUGAUCUACGUAUCGCUGAACUACAGACUCGGACCGUUUGGUUUCCUCUCGACGGGCGACGACGUGGUUCCUGGUAAUGCCGGAUUAAAGGACCAAACGAUGGCGUUGCGUUUCUUGCAGAAGUACAUCCAUUAUUUCGGAGGAAACGCGGAGCAAGUGACCAUUUUCGGUCAAAGCGCCGGAGCGUCGAGCGUUCACUACCACGUACUGAGCCCUUUAUCUAAAGGUCUAUUCAAAGCGGCCAUAUGCGAAAGCGCCUCAGCUCUAAGCCCGUGGGCCUAUCAAGCAGAUCCAAUCAAAUACACUCGACUAUUAGCGUCUACUAUCAACCCGGAAUUCGCAAACAGCAACGCUUCUUCACAGGAAAUUUACGAUUUCCUGAGGAAACAACCAGCUGAUGUAGUAGACAGAGCCGGCUAUAAAAUAUACAAAAAAGAACCGUGGCCGAAUUACCAAAUACAACAAGGCAUGUAUUUCGGACCGGUCAUCGAGCACCAGCACGAGAACGCCUUCAUAACGAACUCGAUGUACGAAAGCCUCCGAACCGGAGAUAUCAACAACGUCACGCUGAUGAUAGGCUUCAAUUCCGAGGAGUUUUUAGGCGCCGUGGACGAUAAAACUUUCGGCAACGCCGCGGAAAUAUUCACCAAAAACAUAUCGUUACUCGUACCGGACAGCCUCAACGUGAACGAGGAGAACAAAUCGAUCGUCGCCGGAAAGAUUAAAGACUUCUACUCGCCCUACUUGGACUUCGAUGUGAGCUGGAGGCAAUUGAUCACGUACCUCAGCGACCAAUGUUUCGUCAGAUCCAUCAUCAAAGCCGCCCAACUGCAGUCCCAGUGGACCCAAGUUUACCUGUACGAAUUCCAGUACCACGGCGUCCUGGGAGGCUAUGUCGAUAAACCAGUAAUCGGGUUUUCAUCGGAUGUGAGGCACGGCGAAGAGAUCAGCUUCCUGCAGAGACGUAACUACGGCGGUUUGAACACCACGGACUUGAGUAAAUAUCCCAAAGAGGAUCAACUCGUGCAGGAGCGUUUGAUUACGAUGUUCACGAAUUUGGUUAAGCGUCUCGAUCCGACGCCGGAGAGGGUGGAACUUUUUGAGAAUAUCCAAUGGCCGCCUAUCAAACCGUAUAAUUUGAGGUACAUGGCUAUAGGGUCUUCGUUGGAGCUCAGGACGAAUCCUAAGGAAGAUUCCUACAGAUUUUGGAAUGAGAUAUACGAUCAAUAUGGAGUACCACCGUUUAAUUCGUAUUAAAAGCGUGCUUUUAAAUGAAGAUUCAUCAUGUUUAUUACAUUGAAUUGUUGUUAUCGCUUUUAACAUUAAAAAAUAAAGUUGAUAAUUGAUUAAUU